UGAUCUUGUGUUUCGCUGUAAUUAUCAAACAAAUCUUUUUACCAUUCACAUGUGUUGCUUUCAAACACUUAUGUUUUGUGUAUAAAUUAUGCAAAGCCACUACUUGCACAACACAUUUCACACAAAGCCUGAAAACAAGAACCAUCUUCGCAAUGGCUAGACUUGUUCUUCUUGCCCUGUUCUCAGCUCUUCUUCUUGCAACCACCAUCACAACAUCGGAAGCUUUCUCAAGAACAGUGAAGGCACCAUAUCAAGCACAUAAGCCGAAGAAGCUAACCCACCUCCACUUCUACUUCCAUGACAUUGUCUCCGGAGACAAACCAACCACGGCCAUAGUCGCUGUAGGUCCAACUACAAACACAUCUGCAUCCGCUUUCGGCAUGGUUGUAGUCAUUGACGACCCUUUGACCGUUGGACCCGAGAUCACCUCAGAGGAAGUAGGGAGAGCCCAAGGGAUGUACGCAUCAGCCGACCAGAAGAAUUUAGGUUUGUUUGUGGCGUUUAACUUGGUGUUCACAAAAGGUGAGUUUGCCGGCAGCACGGCGUCGUUAUAUGGUCGUAAUCCGGUAAUGUCAAAGGUGAGAGAGAUGCCGAUCAUCGCAGGCACGGGUGCUUUCAGGUUUUACACAGGCCAAAACCUUACGUUCAAUACUACGAGUGGAAAUGCUGUGGUCGAGUACAAUGUCUAUAUUUGGCAUUAAGAUGGAAAACUCGGUUGAAUACAAAAAGAGUGGAAUAAAAUGUUUUUUUUCUUCUAAUUUAUGUUGUGAUUUGAUGUAUUUUAUGUGGUGAAUUUUGUUGUGAAGAUAAUCCAUUUACUAUAA